UCGUUUACAUGCUAUAGUGCCUAGAUACCUACUGCUUACCCAAGUUUUCUUUAAUUUUUUAUAGUACUAACUACCGAAAUAUGGCGACUUCCAAAUUGUUUUUACCUACAUAAAGUAUAAUUUUUUUUUUCUGUGUGUUCAAUGUUUGUUAAGUUAACGUAUUAUUUGAAAAUAUAUACUUGAAACCUAUAAUUACCAAUAAUCUUAUUAAUCUUAAUAAUAAUUCCUAGCUAUUGUUAAUAUUUUUUUAUUUUAAAUAAAAUGUUAAACAUUCGUCCUCAACUACGAAAACUAUGUUUUGCAAGAAGUAUUUCAUCGUUUAUACUUCCGGAAGCACAUCAAAAGUUAAAGAAAAUAUGUUGUGACUUUUCGGAAACAAAAUUGAGAACUAUUGCUGCUAAAUUGGACAAAGAACAAUUAUUUCCCUCCAACCAAAUAAAAGAAUUAGCAAAUUUAGGCUUGUUGGGUAUUUUAGUUGAUAAAAAUUAUGGGGGUUCAGAAGCAGACGCUCUUGCGCUAUCAGUAGCGGUCGAGGAAAUAGCCAAAUGUUGUGGUGGAACUGCUUCAAUCGUUAGCAUUCACAAUGCUUUAUAUGCAGAUAUAAUCAACAGGAUAGGUACACCCCAACAAAAAGAAGUCUUUUUACCAAACUUUGUUAAUGGAAAUAAUGUCGGUUGUUUUGCACUUAGUGAACCGGGUAGUGGCAGUGAUGCUGUCAAUAUGCAAACUACUGCAAUACAUGAUGGUAAUGAAUGGGUAUUAAACGGCACCAAAGCAUGGGUAACAAAUGGUAUUGAAGGCGGAGCGAUAAUCGUGAUAGCUCGUACGAAUAAGAUAAUAGGGCACAAAGGAGUGUCUGCAUUUCUUGUUCCGACACUUACUCCAGGCCUAACACGAGGCAAAAGAGAUGAUAAACUAGGUAUCAGAGCUGCGUCUACUUGCAAUAUCAUACUGGAAAAUGUCAGGGUACCUUAUGAAAAUUUACUAGGAAAUGUAGGAGAAGGAUUUAAAAUAGCUAUGUCCGGAAUCGACGUGGCUAGAAUUGGUAUUGCUUCCCAAGCAAUAGGUAUAUCUCAAGCAGCUCUAAAUUGUGCUGUUGAAUAUGCCGGACAAAGAAAAGCAUUUGGAAAUCCAAUAAUUAAAUUAUCAGCAGUACAGCAAAGACUUGCUAAAAUGGUUACAAAAAUUGAGGCAGCCAGACUUUUAACCUGGAAAGCAGCAAUAUUAAAAGAUAACGGACAUUCGUUCACAAAAGCAGCUUCCAUGGCAAAACUUGCAGCAUCUAAAGCGGCUACAUAUAUUACUCAUAAUUGCAUUCAAAUACUCGGUGGAAUGGGGUACGUAAGUGACAUGCCGGCCGAACGGUACUAUAGAGAUGCCAGAAUAACUGAAAUUUAUGCUGGUCCAACAGAUAUACAAUAUUUUGUUAUUGCUGAUAACUUGGCAAAAGAAUACGGACUUAAAAUUCGAUAAAAAAAUAAUAAUUGUUGAGAAAUAUAUAUGUAUACCUGUUUAUAUAUAUACUUUUUUAAAUAUAUAAUAUUCAAUUUUUGUU